AUGGAAUACCAGAACAUCACUGAACUGCGGCUACCGUAUGAUUCUAUUUGGUUACCGGAUACUACCCUUUACAAUUCGUUGGUCAUGAAAGACGAUGACACACGACGCCUUCUAAAUGCCAAGUUGACGACCGAUGGUGUUCGACGAGCAGCUCUCAUUGAGCUGCUCUAUCCUACAAUCUACAAAUUCUCUUGUUUACUUGAUCUACGGUUUUUCCCAUUUGAUGUGCAGAAUUGCACAAUGAUUUUUUCGUCAUGGACGUACGAUCAAACUGGAAUUGAUUAUUUCCCAGCUUCAGAUGAAAUCUCGAUAGCUAAUUAUUUAGAAAAUGAAGGAUGGGAACUGAUGUCGACCAAAGUGAGUCGUCAUGAGGUGAAGUACAGCUGUUGUCCAAACGCCUACACGUUACUGCAUUUGACGCUUUACCUGAGACGAAAGCCUUUGUUCUACUUGAUUAAUUUGAUCAUUCCCACUUCAAUUAUCACUCUUAUCGCCAUCGUUGGAUUCUUCACAACAUCAUCUGCGAGUGGAAUGCGUGAAGAAAAAGUUUCACUGGGAAUCACGACACUCUUGUCCAUGUCAAUUCUAAUGUUGAUGGUAUCAGAUCAAAUGCCUACCACGUCCACUUUCAUUCCGCUAAUUGGAUGGUUUAUUCUUGCAAUGAUCAUUGUUAUCUCCCUGGGAACAGUGGUCUCAUCAAUCAUAAUUGCUGUACAGAAACGAGGCAGUCUUGGCGAAAGACUGUCCAAACGGACGCUAAAUUGGUAUCAGAAAAGAGGACGUUUUCAGGAAGCGUUCGAUGCAGUUACACCUACAGUGGAAACAGCGAAGCCGUUAAAAUCAGCCAUGGAUGCCUCCAAGAAGUGGAUGAGUCUUCGACGGCCGAAGAACGGCGUCGCGGUCGUGUCCGACAAAAGUACCGACGCACUGAUUCAUAUGUCAAACUCUGGAGGAGAAGAUGCGCCGAUGGCGGGCAUGACGCCGGUGGCACCACUGCCACCGCCGACCGCCACCUUGGACGAUGAUCUAUCACUGCGCAGCGAUUUCUCGGCUAUACCACCAUCCGGACGAUUACUUAAAACGAAGUCAAGCACCAGAUGUAAUGUGUUCAAGGACUUGACC